AUGACCUUCUUCAUAGCUUGUUCGUUCUCUUGCGGAAGGUCGAGGGGAGAGCGCAGCGACAGGCGCGACAGGGACCGGGACAGGAGGGAGGAGAGGAGCGAGCGAGAUCGAAGGGACGAUCGAAGGGCCGAGGAGAGGAACAACGGCAGCUCGUCGAAGAACAGCAGCAAUCACGUCAACAGUUCCAACAGCAACGAGGUCCUGCCGUCGGCGAACGCGAGCAACGCGCCCAGCAUGGGCACGCAGAUGGAACCGGCGGCCGGUGUCUGGGGGAUGGGCGUGGGCUAUCCCAUGAUGGGCAUGGGCCCCAUGGGUCCGAUGGCGCCCAUGAUGGGCGAGAUGACGCUAGGCCCGCACAUGAGCCACACGCACGGGUACAAUCCGAUGGGCAUGGGCAUGAUGUCGCACGACGGCAGCAUGAUAGGCGCUCAAAUACUGGGCGCCGAGCAGAUCAUGACGGACGCUGCGCAGAUAAUGACCGCGAGCCUGCCGCCGCCGCCGAUGACGCCUCAGGGUACCAAAGAGAUCAUACACUGCAAGAGCUGCGUGCUGUUCCCGCCGAAUCCGAACGCCCCGCCGCCCACCACGCGAGAGAGGCCGCCCGGGUGCAGGACGAUUUUCGUGGGAGGGCUGCCGGAGAACAUCACCGAGGCUAUAAUACAGGAGAUCUUCGAACGGUGCGGGGAGAUAACUACUUUGCGCCUCUCGAAGAAGAACUUCUGCCACAUACGCUUCGUUCUGGAGGCCAGCGUCGACGCGGCGAUCUAUCUCUCGGGUUACAGAGUGAGAAUAGGAUCCAGUGGAGAACCUGCAAAUACCGGUAGACUUCACGUAGACUUCGCUCAGGCUAGAGACGAUCAGUACGAGUGGGAGUGCAGACAACGACAAUUGCAAAGAGAGCAACGCCACAGGGAAAGAGUGGAGAAGGAGAGACAGAGGCCGCCGUCGAGUCCGCCUCCGGUAGUGCAUUACACAGACCACGAGGCGUCGAAUAUCUGCGAAAAGAUUAAACAAGACGAUACGUUUAUGAAGGCAGUGCAAAUCGUUGUAACGUGGCUGGAACGUGGGGAUUGCAUCAAACGUAACGCCAAUAUCUUCUACUCCAUGAUACAAUCGACGAACUCGCACGUGCGACGGCUGCUGACGGAGAAGGCCGCGUACGAGGAGGAGCUGCAAAAGGCGAAGGAAUUGAUGAAGGGAAGAAUGCAGGGACUCCUCAUACAAUUCAGUCAGAUCGAACGAGUCUUUACUGCGGCCAGCCACAAGAAGGUCUGGGAUCACUUCACUAAGGCGCAGCGGAAGAACAUCGAGAUGUGGAAGAAACAAUCCUCGGAAAUAAAAGCGGUACAGCUGGAAGACAGUCUGAUCGAGGGCGAGGGCGAGAUGGACGUGUCGGACUCGGAGGAGGAGCCUCAACGUAAGAAGACGCGCGGUCAGUUGGACGGCAAUCAAGAGGACGUCGAGAGGCUGCAGAGCCUCAAAGAGGAGAACGACAGUCUGAGAUGCCAAUUGGAAGCGUACAAGAAUGAGGUGGACCUCUUGAAGUCGGAAACGAAAGCCGAGCUGGAGGGCAAGGAGAAGCAGAUGAAAAUGCUGCAGCAAACGUUGAAGGGUAUGCAGGAGCAGCUGAUGCAGUCGCGCAAGCAGCAGGCGCAGGACGAUCAGAAGAUCAAGGACCUGACCGUAAAGCUGAACGCCACGAAAAAGGAGGAGCCCAGGGAGAGCGAGAUCAUCACGCUCGACAAGGACGACGAUAUUAGCGAAGAACCGCGCACGCCGAAGCAACACAUUCUCGCCUCCAGCUUCAUGCAAGUGACCCAGAAGGAUGCUAAGCUCAUCGGGCUCAUAGCAACGUUUCUACACAUCCACCCGUUCGGCGCGAGCGUCGAUUAUCUAUGGUCCUAUCUGCAGAAAAUGGAGCCUGGCAUCAAACCGAAUGAAGUCGAGGUUUUGAUGCAACGUUUUCCACAGGUCUUCAAGCAGGAAUUGUUCGGUAUCGGCGCGAAUAUGGAGAGACGCUGGCAAUUUUCAGGUUUUAACAUUUAUCGCAAUCAUUGAAGAAUCUAGACGACUGAAUGUGUAAAAAAAACCGUUGAAAGUACAUUUGUCUCGUUAUUCGUUUCUCUCUUUCUCAUUGUUCGUAAUCGGGAUCUGUCCGUGGCGAGCGUAUUAAAACGAAUUAAGAAAAGAUCUGAUGUUGUGAAUUAAUAAAAUGUCUCUACCGAUUCUUAAUUUUAACGAUA